AUGAAAGCAUCAAAGUCACCAUCAAAACAACCCAAGAAAAUACCGCCGCCAGGAGAAAUUGAAAUCGAAAAGCUCGACGACAACUAUAUGCAAUGGACAUUCGAUGACGGAGAGGUAAUGUUAGUGAGGAUGGAUGACCCAGCGACCCAUUCGAGAGUCGGCAAGGAGGCAAUGAAGAAAGCAGGUAUUGAACCAAAGGGAAAAUAUCGGAUGGAUCUUGUCACGGAUGCCCCGCCCACUAUUGGUAACUAUGAAGGUUUGGAGUCACUAGAGGCGGAACCUCAAAAGAAAACGGAUAGUGACUAUUUGGCAGUGGAGUUGAUAGGGUUGAAUGAUUGGAAAGUUGAGGAGAAGCCGAAGAAAUGUGAUCCAAAGAAAUCAAUCAAUAAAUCAAAAGAUAAGAAGGUGUCGGUGGAGAGGGAUGGGAAGAAGUCGAAGAAUACGGAGAAAAAGAAGGAGAAAAAGAAGAAGGAGGUUCCAAAGAAAUAG